AUGUCCAAUCAAAAAUCAUUUAAUGAAUAUCAGUCGUUCAGUGAAAAAAAAAAUGGUAUUUUGUCGCUCGCUCUCCCUCACCCGUUGCGUUGUUGCCUUGCCGCUACGAUACUUUGUUUUGUACAACUUAUCCUCAGUCCAAACCCAAAAUUUAGGUUUUUUCUUCGACAAAUUGCUCGCUCGGGAGCUCCCACCCCGCCAUUGUUAAGUAGUUUUCAGCAUUGGUUCAAAAAUUGGCAAGAGCUUCGAAAGCAUAAGUUAACAGCAAGUACUUUUGCUGGGGCAAUUGGGUUUUGGCCUCGUCGAAGGGCUCAACUAUGGUUGGAGAAACUUGGCGCAAUUGAACCAUUUUGUGGUAAUCUUGCUACUUGUUGGAGUAAUAUGAAAGAAGAAGAAGCUCUCGAAAGAUACAAGCUUAUUACUGGAAACUCUGUUUUGUUUCCUGAAUUUCAAGUCUAUGGUAAAGCAAACUCGGAAGAUGAUUGGUUGGCUGCUUCACCUGAUGGUGCAAUUGAUAAAAUGGUUUAUGGAUUGCCUUCACGAGGUGUGUUGGAGAUUAAGUGCCCAUUUUUUAAUGGUGAUAUGAGAAAUGCUUCGCCAUGGUCACAAGUUCCUCGUUACUGUAUUCCUCAGGCUCAAGGUUUGAUGGAAAUAAUGGAUAGAGAUUGGAUGGACUUUUAUGUUUGGACUCCUAAUGGCAGUAGUUUGUUUAGAUUGUAUCGAGAUCCCGAAUAUUGGGACGUCUUGAAGAUUGCUUUGUCGGAUUUUUGGUGGAAGCAUGUUCAACCUGCAAGGGAGAUAUGUAGUAAAUAUGUCAUUACAAAUCCCCUCAUUGAGCUUAAGUCCUUUAGGCCAUCACCCAGGCAUGAACUGUGUAGUUAUAUAGUUUGUGAGAGCAGACGGGUUGUCAAUAAUUCUAAGUUGCUCUUGCGUGAAUUUGAUGGGAGACUUCAAACCUAAUGCACUGCAUCUAUUGACAUUGUUUUCAAUGGCUAAGCUUAUAGUAAGGAAUCUCGGACUCUGAGGUUCAGAACUUGAAGGGACUUCUUGUUAACUUGAAAAUUGCCGAAUCUAACAAUGAUAUGAAUGUUGUCAAACCAAGCACAUCUCAAGUUUGACUACUACCCUUUUGGAUCCAUUUUUGACCUCUUUCCACGUGCUAGGAAAGCUCGGCAUAUUCGAUCAUUGCUUAGAGACAUACCGAACAACAUGCCACACAUAUGUCAGUUCCAAUUCUAACUUCAUUGGUGUGUACGAACAUGGUAGCAGCAUGAAAUCUAAAGGGCCAUGGGGAAGAUAGAUAGUCCUUUGGACUUUGUUUGAAGUCUAUUGAUAAUAGAAAAAUCUGAACACUCAUCCGAUUUCUUAAAGAAAACACACAAACAAAGACUAAGCUAAUUAAAGGAGGGUACAUUUAUCACAAUCAAUAUCUCUAUCAAUUCUUUUCUCUAUUCCAAUAUCUUAAAGCUAUUUUUCAUUUAUUUGUUGGGUUUGGGAAGAAAAUAGAGGACAGCAAUUCCUAUAUUGUAUUGUUCAGUUUUGAUAUUUGUAUUAUUAAUUACAAAUUUACGUUUGAUUAUUAAAUUUUUUAGUUUAGUGUAUAAUAAAUUUGACGCUUGUAGCGUUUGAUUGAUUA